AAAAUUAUUCCGUUCCAGGAGGCAGCCCGACAGCACUUUAGCGGAAAUUUCGGAUAAACCAGAAGUAUUUGAUGAGCUUCGCGAUAUCCCGGUUUACGUACUGAGCAGCAGCACUGCUGAGACCGAUGCUACAUCGGAUCGUGAGAAAUUGCCAAAAAGUGAGAGCGAACGAAUGAGCUAUGUGCAAAAAUGCCGAAUACAGCUGCAGAUUGAAUUCAACGAUAUUGUUGUGUGCCGAACGCUGCUUCGACCGCUCGACAACCAAUUCGAGGCGCAUUUCGCGCAAAUUUAUAAUUUACAGGUGCAAGAAAUUCCACGGUCAGUAACAGUUACGAUUUUUGAGAAGGCGCCAAAAACGGAAGCUCGCAAAAUUGCUGUUGUUGGACUGCCACUACCGGAUGAAGAUAAUCCAGUCGAUGUGUCCGGCAAACUGGUCGCAGUGGAGUUUGCGAGUGAUUUGGUCAUCAACGGGUAA